UAGUAGCUAUUUUCUAACGGAAUCAGAAAUACUUUGAAUGAAAUUUUAAGUUGGGCCAGGCCUAGUUACAUUGAGUUUAUCCUUAUCUAUAAUUGGAGUACACGCAAACCAAUACAAUGCCAUGGUUUGGGAAAAAAGACAAUGCUCAUAAAUCGCCCAAACAACCAAAAGAAGACCCAGUGAAAGCCUUCUUGGCAGAAGCAAAGGAAGAAUUUUUAAAGAAAUGGGAAAAUCCUAUUCAGAAUAAUUCAAAAUUGGACGAUUUUGAGCGUCUGAAAACUUUAGGAACUGGAUCGUUUGGUCGAGUUAUUCUUGUUAAAAGGAAGGAGAAUUCAAAUUAUUAUGCCAUGAAAAUACUAGAUAAACAAAAGGUAGUAAAGCUGAAGCAAGUGGAACACACUUUAAACGAGAAGAAAAUCUUACAAGCUAUUAAUUUUCCUUUCUUAGUUAAAAUGGAUUUCUCGUUUAAGGACAACAGCAAUCUAUACAUGGUGCUGGAGUAUGUGAUAGGAGGGGAAAUGUUUUCACAUUUAAGAAGAAUAGGAAGAUUCAGUGAAUCUCAUUCACGAUUCUACGCGGCACAAAUCGUCCUUGGCUUCGAAUACCUUCACUACCUAGACAUCAUUUACCGAGAUCUCAAACCUGAGAAUCUGCUUAUUGACCAGCAAGGUUACAUACAGGUCACUGACUUUGGGUUCGCAAAGCGUGUUAAAGGCCGCACAUGGACACUAUGUGGGACCCCUGAAUACUUGGCACCUGAGAUUAUUCUUAGCAAGGGUUACAACAAAGCUGUGGAUUGGUGGGCUCUUGGUGUGCUUAUAUACGAGAUGGCAGCCGGCUAUCCUCCUUUCUUCGCUGAUCAACCCAUCCAAAUAUACGAGAAGAUUGUUUCAGGGAAGGUUCGAUUCCCGUCACAUUUCACUUCCGAGUUAAAGGAUUUGCUUCGAAAUCUACUCCAAGUUGAUUUGACGAAAAGAUUUGGGAACCUUAAGAAUGGAGUGUCCGAUAUAAAGGGACACAGAUGGUUCCAACCAAUUGAUUGGAUUGCUGUGUAUCAAAGAAAGUUGGAUGCUCCCUUCAUCCCGAAGUUCAAACACCCGGGUUCCACGGAAAACUUUGAUGAUUAUGAAGAAGAGCAACUCCGAGUUCACUCCACGGAAAAGUGCGUCAAAGAAUUUGCAGACUUUUAACUUACUAGCCCCACCUGAUGGAUUUUAUGUUUUGUUUCGUUUUAAAGUCCCUUCAAAUGGGGAACUCCCAAACAAAAGGGAAAACUCCUAAAUUAGGGGGAUGUCCCAUGGUUUUUCGGUCCACAGUGCAAUUCAACUAUGUUUAAUGCAGUCCAAAUGCUGCUAUAAGUUGCUUGCACAGUAUUUGGUCUAAUUAUUCCAAGACGAUGCUCAUUUUUACAUCAUAAACAAAUAUUAACACUGUUGUUGAACCUGGAUUUCGCAAUUUUCUUCAAAUAUUCGAUCAAAACGAACGCCGUCUUGUUCACGGCGUUUAAACAAAUUACGGCGCCACCACGCGUUCAUUUGCACACAACGCGCCUACCGCUAGUUGGCGCUCAUGUGCCCUCGAUAUCGCAAUUACCUCAGGACCAGGAGAAAAUCAGAAACAGCAGUUUUGUAUGGCGUCAUACUCCUGGGGUUUAGGUUUUUAUAUUUGUUCCUUCCUGAAUUUACGAAACCAAUAUCCAAGGUUUUUGUUGCGUUUCAUUUGACGUUUGGUGUUCAUUCUUUUCCAUGUUACCAGUUCUGUUUUGGGGUCUUGCCCCACGCACUGAACAAUUCUGUAGUUCGUACCUUCGUGUAAAUAAUAUAACUACAACGGAUUUCUAAUUAGGGGAAUUUCCCUUAAACGGAACAUUCUAAAUAAACAUACUUGAUUUCUAUAGAUUUUUGAAGAUUAAUUUUCCUUGUUCCGUUAUUUUCAAGAUGUUAAAAUUGAAUACAAAUUCGUUUAUCACUG